GUAGCUACCUGAUCUCGUCGUCCUGCCCUUGAUAAUUGACUUAUUGAGACAGCUCAGCUGCUGAUGAUGUUCUUCGCAAACGGAGAUGAUCCUCCUCGUGCCAAUCAAAAACUCGUGUAGUAUAAUCAGUUUCGCUGUCGUUCGUUUGGUGAGAAGCAAAUAGAGACUUCACAGCUCUGAACGCCCUGCCUUCUACGGCUUCGAGCCUUCUUGUAGUGCCAAACUCGAUGAGCACAGACAGGAGAUAUCGUAGUCUUUCUACCAAGUAGAUGAGAGGGUCGUCGCGGUCAUCGUCUGAAGAUGCGUAAAAUGAAACGUAAGACAAGCGGGUCGUGUGGUUCCAUUUGAUCAAUGAAUAACUCUUGCGAGGGCAUUCAUAAUUGCGAAAUCACAAUCCAUCGUACUCAAUGAAACGGCAAAUGCUAAUGCAGUAGAAAAAUCUUUCGCGUUUUUUCGCCUUUGCUUUUUGCAAGACUUGCCUCGUCAUCUGUCUAAAAGCUUUUUGCUUUGCGAGACACACAAAAACCCUGCCAAGAUGUUGGACUUGAUGACUCUCGGUUUCUCCAUGGGCUUGCAGUCCGAAAUGCAGAACAUCCGCAAGGAGUCCGAGUGUGGGAAUGUGUUCGACAGCUCGGUGGAAGAAGCGGAAACCACCACCGUCUUCUCCACGGCGGCUUCCGCGGUCGAAUCGGCGCUGCAUUCCGUCGAGAACGCGGCUUCGGUGGUUCUGUCCGCCCUGACGCCCAGUGCCGAGCAGGUGGAUCAGGUACGACUGGAGUUUCUCGUACUGCUGUGCUCCGUCCUGAGCAGUUCCGCGCAAAAACAAUCAUGAAUCAAUCACUUCGGUGCUCUUGAUGAAGAAAUCUUUGUCAUAGUCAUACUUACAUAGUACGUGAUGAAUUCCGUAUAGCUAUACAUAGUCAGCCUCACUCUGUCGUGCAAAAACGCAUUGUACAACAUCGCAACCAAAAAAGGUGAUGUCCUGCUUCACCACCACCACCGUGCCGCAGCUGGACUUGACUCUGCCGCUGAAGCCGAAGAAGAUGUGAAGUUUUUCACAUGUUGUGAAACAAACCGCCGGAUAGAGAAGAAAAUGUGACUUAGUCACAAGCAAGAAAAAAAGGUAGUAUGAUAACGUUUCAACGACCGAUUUCAAUACACUUGAGACCUCACUUAAUAGCGUUGUUUGACCAGCAUUUCUUUUAGUAGUUUUAUCCAGCUUUGAAAAGCAUCAAUUUGUGCACGACGUAUUUCGAAAAUCUAUUCUCCAAAGACAAAUCGAAAUCUUGUAACUAGAACCAGUUUUGAUAAACUUAAAAGCCACUUUUGUCUUCACGUCGUAAUCUACAUUGUAUCAACAUACCAACUUCAAAAUCUACAAAAUGAACGUAAGAAAAUGUUUCACUUGUUUCACAACGCGUAGAACAGAUCUCCAGGAUAUCUUAGCAGCAGGAGUUUUACUUCUACAAAUUUCCCGGUGGCCACGUAGUACGCUUAGACUUACACUAGAGUCCGGUCCAGGACCGAUGUAAUGCUAUUGCCCCGCAGCUGCAUUUAUCGACGGUGACGACAUACACUAGGACGAACCGCGGAAAUAACACAACAGGAGGAGGACUCAAAAACCCGUACUACCAUCGUCAUCAAUUUGAAAAAAAAACAUCAUCAAGGUGAAAGACCUUUAUCUUGUUAGGUACUUGCGCUGCAGCAUCGGCGCUUGAUACAUAUUGACGGAGCAUAAUAUCGCAAAUUGAAUAUUCUUCCGCACCGGUCUGUCGCUUUGCAUCGGUCGUGCAAGAAAAAAGCGACUCAAACAAGU